AACUAUCCUAUGCGUGGAUCUUCAAUGAAUACCCUUCCUUUGUUGAGGAGGAUGGCCGGAGGUUCAUCUCCCAGGAGACAGGCCACCUCUACGUAGCCAAGGUGGAGCCGUCCGACGUCGGGAACUACACGUGCGUGGUGACGAGCGUGGUGACCGCCGCCAGGGUGCUGGGCUCCCCGACGCCGCUGAUGCUGCGCGCCGACGGUGUGAUGGGCGAAUAUGAACCGAAAAUAGAAGUUCAGUUUCCAGAAACUCUUCCGGCUGCGAAAGGGUCCACCGUGAGGCUGGAAUGCUUCGCCCUCGGGAACCCCGUGCCCCGGAUCACGUGGAGGAGGAGUGACGGGCGGCCUUUCCCCAGUAAAAUUAACUUUCGGAAGUUCGGAGGUGUGCUCGAGAUCCCCGGCUUCGAGCAGGAGGACGCGGGAUCCUACGAGUGCCUCGCCGAGAAUUCCCGGGGGAGAAACGUGGCCCGGGGGCGUCUCACUUACUAUGCAAAGCCUCACUGGGUCCAGCUCAUCGGAGACGUGGAGGCCGCGGUGGAGGAGAGCCUGCGCUGGGAUUGCCGGGCCGGCGGGAAGCCCAAGCCCUCCUACCGGUGGCUGAGGAACGGGGAGGCCCUGGCGCUGGAGGAGCGGAUCCAGCUGGAGAACGGCGCCCUGAGCAUCGUCAACCUGAGCGUGGCGGACGCGGGCAUGUUCCAGUGCGUGGCGGAGAACAAGCACGGCCUCGCCUACUCCAGCGCCGAGCUCCGGGUGCUGGCCUCCGCUCCGGACUUCUCCGCAACUCCCAUGAAGAAGCUGGUGCGGGCGCAGGUGGGCAGCGUGGUGGGCCUGGACUGCCGGCCCCGAGCCGCCCCCCGGGCCGUGUGCUCCUGGAAAAGAGGCGAGGUGACCGUGCGGGAGGAUGGAAGCGUGGUCCUGCCCUGCCAGGUGCGGCACGACCCCCUGCUGGACGUCGCGUUCACCUGGUACUUCAACGGGGCGCUCGCCGACUUCCAGAAGGACGGCUCUCACCUGGAGAAGGUGGGCGGGAGCUCAUCGGGCGAUCUAAUGAUCAGGAACAUCCAGCUGAAGCACGGGGGGAAGUACGUCUGCGUGGUGCAGAGUGCGGUGGACAGUGUCUCCUCGGCCGCUGACCUUGUAGUGAGAGGUUCCCCCGGGCCACCAGGAAACGUGCAGGUGGAAGAGAUUACAGAUACAACAGCCCAGGUGUCCUGGACAGAAGGCCCCGACAACCACAGCCCCAUCACCUCCUAUUCCGUCCAGGCGAGGACCCCUUUCUCCGUGGGCUGGCAGGCCGCCAGGACAGUGCCUGAGGUCAUUGAUGGGAAUACACACACUGCCACUGUAGUCGAGUUAAACCCGUGGGUGGAGUACGAAUUUCGGGUUGUAGCCAGCAACAGAAUCGGAGGUGGAGAACCCAGUUUGCCCUCAGAAAAAGUAAGAACUGAAGAGGCAGUCCCUGAAGUGCCUCCUUCUGAGGUCAGUGGGGGAGGCGGAAGCCGGUCCGAACUGGUGAUAACUUGGGAGCCGGUCCCUGAGGAGCUGCAGAAUGGCGAGGGCUUUGGGUACGUCGUCGCCUUCCGCCCCCUGGGAGUCACCACCUGGAUCCAGACCGUGGUCACGUCCCCCGACGCCCCACGAUACGUGUUCAGGAACGAGAGCAUCGUGCCCUUCGCGCCGUACCAAGUGAAAGUGGGCGUUUACAACAACAAGGGCGAAGGGCCGUUCAGCCCCGUGGCCACCGUGUUCUCGGCAGAGGAAGAACCUACAGCGGCUCCAGCUCACGUCUGGGCCCACAGCCUGUCCUCCUCGGAAAUUGAGGUGUCCUGGAGUGCCAUCCCAUGGAAGCUGAGCAGUGGCCAUCUCCUCGGCUACGAGGUGCGGUACUGGACCAGUGGAGAGGAGAGCUCGCCACGCAGAGUGAAGGUGGUGGCAGGGGAGACCGCGGCCCGGCUCCACGGGCUGAAGAGCCACCUGGUCUACCACGCAGCCGUCCGGGCUUACAACAGCGCGGGUGCCGGGCCCUUCAGUGCCACGGUGAAUGCCACCACCAAGAAGACGCCGCCCAGCCAGCCGCCGGGAAACGUGGUCUGGAACGCCACGGACGCCAAGGUGUUCCUGAGCUGGGAGCAGGUCAGAGCCAUGGAGAACGAGUCGGAAGUGACGGGGUACAAGGUGUUCUACAGGACUAGCGGCCAGGGCGGCCUGCAGGUGCUGAGCACAAACCGAACGUCGGCUGAGCUGCGGCUGCCCGUCCAGGAGGGUUACGUCGUCCACGUCCGGGCCACGACGGCCGGAGGGGACGGGGCCAGCAGCGCGCCUGUCAGGAUCCCGAGGAGAACCAGUUCGGACGCCAGGGGCUCCCCGUCGGCCAUCGCCAACGUCCACCCCGUGUCACGCUACCUGCCGGCAGUCCUGUGCGUGGCUCAUGCCCUGUGGUGA